UCGAUGUUUGGUCUGACAGAAUUUGCACUCUGCACGCCUCGGAACGAAAAAUCCAAAGGUAAGGUUUCAGAAGGGAAAAGAGAAGAAGAAGAUGGUCCCAGAAGUAAAACCAAGUUUUCCACACAGAAGAAUCACAUCAAUACAUCAUCAUCAUAUAUCAGAUCAGGCGCAUUCAGAUCAAAAUCUAGCACAUCGACUCAGAAUCAAAGUUAGGAAAACUAUUGAUGCACACAAAGAUAUAUGCUCCGUUGCAUGUCUUGUCAAAUCAACCAUUGAUGGAUGGAUGGACGGACGGAUAGAUAUCGGGGAGAUAUAGCUGACCGGCAGACAAGACUCGUCCACCCGACCCAGCCGCUCGUUAUAUACCGUCCCGCCUCCGCGCGCUAGCUCCACACUUCCACUUCCAUCCAUCCUCGUUUCUUCUUCUUCUUCCUCCAAAUUAGAGCACUGCCCUGACAAUAUACCUUCUACCGCGGGUUCGAUCGGCUUUGCGAGCUCCGGCGCGGAGGGACAUGGAGAGGCGGCACCAACUGCAGUACGGCGGCGUGAGCCUGGACCUCCGCCUGGAGCCGACGUACCGGCCGGGCCCGGCGGCGUCGCCCGCCGCCGACCAUGGCCGGGAUCAUCAGCGGGAGGAGGCGUUUUCCUGCAACUACUGCCACCGCAAGUUCUCCAGCUCGCAGGCGCUGGGCGGCCACCAGAACGCGCACAAGCUCGAGCGCACACUCGCCAAGCGCAACAACAGCCGCCUGCCACACCUCGCCGCCGAAGCUGCUCCUGCUUCUUCUUCUUCCUCCUCUCGUCCGGCUGCAGCAGUAGUCGACCAAAGCUGGCUCCACGGCAGCGGCGAGCUCUGGGCCUACCGUGCUUCCGCGGCGGAGACGGUGGUGUCCGGCUGGGCUAUGACGACGGCGGCAGGCCGGAACUACGGCGAGGAGGCGGCGGAGAUGGACUUGUCGCUCAAGCUCUGAGCUAGCUCUUAUAGCUGUUAGCUAAAUACUGUACGUAUGGACUACGGAGUACAUACUAAGUUUGGACGUA